AAAACCGGACACAAACAAUCUGAUCUCGGCGUGUCGUCUAGUCGCUUUGUGCGAGAACUGGAAGGAUGUCGGCCCUGUUGCCGUUCACACCGCCGAUUGUCAAACGCCUACUGAGCUUCAAGAAGGGCGACGAAGAAGACAAAUGGUCGGAGAAGGCAGUGAAAAGUUUGGUGAAGAAACUGAAGAAGAGCGGCGGUCUGACCGAGUUGGAGAAAGCGGUGACGAGCCAGUCGGGUGCGGGAACCAAGUGCGUUACCAUUCCAAGAAGUCUGGACGGCAGGCUACAGGUUUCUCAUCGAAAAGGCCUGCCUCAUGUUAUCUAUUGCCGUCUGUGGAGAUGGCCAGACCUUCAGAGUCAUCACGAGCUGAAAGCUCAUGAUGUCUGCGAAUUUGCGUUCACGCUGAAGCGAGACGAGGUGUGCGUCAAUCCAUAUCAUUAUGAGAGAGUCGAGACGCCGGUUCUCCCGCCCGUUCUCGUUCCUCGUCAGCUGACAUUUGGCGUGUCAAGCGACCAGGCAUCGUCCUGCAGCUCCUACCUGCCUUCCGAAAAGCUGCGCGAUCUCACGCCGACGAGCGACGACGAGUAUCGUUCUCCUCCAACUGUCAGCGUCUCACAAGCGAGCGAAAUACCCGUUCUCAUACCGGGAGAGACGCCACCGCCUGUCUACACCGAGUUUUCGGACUCUAUGAGCGUUCCAUCGCCAGGAUCUGUAGUUUCAGGAGUAUCAGGUGUUGAUGUUUGUUCGACGCCGAUCACUCCCAGUCCAUCAUCCGUUCCUUCGAUGCAAGACUCGGACGUUGAGCCAGUAGAAUAUCAGGAGCCUCCAUUCUGGUGCUCAGUUGCAUACUACGAGAUGCAGAAUCGUGUGGCGGAGACGUUUCACACGAGACUGCCGUGUCUGACGAUCGACGGCUUUACGGAUCCGUCAUCUGCAGAUCGAUUCUGUUUAGGUUUGCUGUCGAAUGUACAUAGAGAUCCAGCUACGGAGUUGACACGCCGUCACAUCGGGAAGGGUGUCAAGCUAUACUAUGUCGGUGGCGAAGUGUUUGCCGAAUGUCUGAGCGACAGCGCUGUGUUCGUACAGAGUCCAAACUGUAACCAGAGAUACGGAUGGCAUCCGGCAACAGUGUGCAAGAUUCCUUCAGGAUGCCAUCUAAACAUCUUCAAUAACCAAGAAUUCGCACAACUUCUUGCUCAGUCUGUUCACCGAGGGUUUGAGGCUGUCUACCAACUCACACGCAUGUGCACCAUUCGUAUGAGCUUCGUGAAAGGCUGGGGUGCCGAAUACCGACGACAGACAGUGACGAGCACUCCAUGUUGGAUCGAGAUCCACCUCAACGGACCACUCAAAUGGCUCGACCGCGUUCUGGCCCACAUGGGGUCUCCGCAGUUCCAGAUUGGUUCCAAGUCGUAAUACGUAUAAACGGAGAUGAAUACUGUCACUACACAUUGGCUGUUUGUGAUGUAUGUGACAUGGUUGUUUACACUGACUCUAGUUUAGUUUUUCUUCAUGUAGAUUUUCUGUUUUAUCAGAGUAAGACCUGAUCACCUGUAUGCAAAAUACACACGUAGUAUGAUGUA